AUCUGAAUUAUUGGUCAAACGGCGCGCCAUAUUAUGUAUGACAUCUGGACAUGGCAUAUAAAAAUGGAUCUGCAAGUUGACUGCAAUAUCAAGGGGGAAUUUUGGACAGUGUCUUUGAUACAUGGAAAGCAAUUGUAUUACUUAACCUUAUCAAUUUAAUGACACAGAGGUCUUGUCUUUCCAGUUUGUGUUCUUGCUGGUGAUGUCGCUGCUACAGAUGCCGUGUUGGCUGUUUUAAUCGGAUUGCCUUAUACGUGCUUUCUAUCGGUCCCUGUACAUUACCAUUCGGUAUCUAAUAAUAUUCGACAUGAAACCAUCAAGUACGAAUGCAUGCUCACUCUAAAAAGAUUCAAUCAAUGCAGAUAGCAUUGGAAGCCGGGAUUGGAAGUUCUCUAACCAGUCAUGGUUUCAUCGGGUAAACGAGGGGUGAGACGAAACCUCUUCUCAACUCGGAAUUCAUCCUUUACAUCCCCCUGGUCGACGAACAAGGCACAUACUACCCUCUUUACAAUGCUAGCGGCUUUUAUUGGCGGUCAAAUCCUUCUCACUGGAGUAUUUCUUCUGAGAGCAGCGCCCCCUUGUGACUGCCGAUGCCAGUGGCGCCCGGACCUGGAGAUGACGAAAGCUAAAGCAGCCCGAAGCAUCGCAAGUGUUUCAACAAAAAUAUCAGGUCAUCAUAUAGUUGCAGGGAACUCGCGGCCAAAGGACGCCAUCAAACUUGACGAAGAAUCUAUUCCCAAUCCAAGGAAAGUAAAAAUACCUACUGACCAUGCAGUUAAACAUGUUGAUUCUGACCUUACCAACAAGUCUAGUCAUGUAGAAAAGCAGGAUACCAUGGAUAUGGAACCACUACAGGGAUUCGGGAUUCCCGAUCCCUUUACCAUCUUGACAACAACCAACACAGCCUUCAGCGACUUGACUGAAAAUUGGUUGGAGAGCUUGCGACGGUUGGAACGUCCCUACAACAUUACCCUAAUCGCAGAGGACUACGGGGCUUACCAGUACCUCAAUGGCCACAGGGACGUCAUGGAGUCUUCAAAGCUACAGAUCAACCUGAGAUUCACGGACCAGAACGUGAGCCAUUCUAAUGCUCUUGGGUUCUACACCAAGGAAUACAUCCAGCUCGUCGGGAAACGUCCGCAUUACAUCCUUGACAUACUGCGUACGGGAGCUGGUGUCCUCUUUGCUGAUGCUGAUGCAGUAUGGCUGAAAGACCCUGUUCCUCUCAUCACCGAUACCUACUCAAAGUAUGAUAUAUGGGUGGCACUUGGUGAAGGAGGACAAAUUCCUUGCCCUUGUUUCAUGUACAUAAAGCCAAGUCCUAGAUCCACAGCAAUGGUCAAAGCUUGGCAAGCCAGGAUAGAAGAUCAACUCAAUACAACAUCUCCUGAAAAUGACCAGGGAGCUUUGGACUGGGUCAUGCAUAAUCAUAUCCGAUACAAGAGGUUACGGGUUAAGAAACUAGACAUGACUGCAUUCCCGACUGGACAGUCUAUGUUCUUGAAAAAGGGCUGGUAUGCAGCUCAUAAGAAUGAAAUAUUUGUUGUGCAUGCAAAUAAGGUUGGCGGAUAUGCCAAGAAGAAAUUCGUAUUGAGAUGGAAAAAACUUUGGUUUCUUGGAAAAGAUAAAAAGGAAAAUGAAACUCGACCAAAAAUAGAUAUGUGAUUAAUUAUGUAUUCUUUAUAACAAUUCAAAUUUUAGCUUUUAGGUCUUAGGAAUAAAUAAUUAUUACGUCUAUUCGAUGCAAGAAGAAACCUGGCAACAAAGAAAACGCACAAUCUAGCAAUAUUGUAAAAGAAUAAAAGUCGUUCUUGAGGGCAAAUUGAUAUUCUUUGAAUUCAAUGGGUAUUUUUGUGGGGGUUAGGCUUUAGAACUGCUCACACAUGACGUCAUUAACAGGCCUAGCUAUCAAGAACGGCGUUGUAAUCAUAUUUGGUAUAUUUCAUAGAUUUGCUGGUCUUCGCAGUCUUGUAUAUGAUUUCGUUUUUCUGCUUUCGCACAAAGGGUACUUUGAAGACAUUCCAAGGAAUUGGGGAUAUAAACAUUGUAAAAGAGUUGCCAUGGAUACUGACAUAAAUUAUUCAACAUGAUGGGGUCCCUGACACUUUAAUGAGGCAUUGCCAGAAACUCAUGUUCAAUUGCAAAUCAAGCGUGAGUCAAAAACAAUCAAAUGUAAUGGAGUGUUAUUUGCAAUAACGUCGAGUUGUAUAAUAGAGAAAAAAUUGUAUUUCCUAUAACA